AUGCCAACGCUAUGGCCGUAUCACAUACGCCUUACAUUGGUCUUGGUGGCAUUGGCGUGUCUGGUCGCUGGUGCUGCCGCCUCAUGUACCGGUCAUUCGGACAGUUGUGCCUCCAACCCGAUUCCUGACAAGCGCUUCAGUGCCGUCAAUUAUCACGUUGAUACGUGCAACCUUAAGUGGACGCGGGGAUGCACCAUUUUGGGUAAAGACAAAAGCAUGCAGCAGAAACCACCUCCCUUCUCUCUGUGCGAUGGCAAGCACAAGCCUGCAGGGCUGCUGCCUACCGACGGCUACACGCUGGCAUUGCAGCAGAAUGACUUUGCCCCGGGCUCACCUAAAGUCACGUUGCACGGACUGUGGCCUGGUUCCCAAGGUGGGAGUGGAGAAAAGAAUCAGCCCUAUGGCUGUAAGCAUGGUGAAGAAUUCGACGAAUCGUAUCUCACAAUUUUUGGAAGUCUGUUGCAUUACUAUUGGCCGACCGACGCCAAGUAUAACAACACCAUGCAGUGUUUCAUCCUGUCCGAGUGGAUGAAGCACGGCACAUGUGCCGUCAUACCUGGGGCUGACGGCAGUGCGUUUCGCAUGCCACAGGAAGCAUAUUACCGCACAGCUUUCGUGCUGACCAAUGAGUACAACGCCAACCCGGCUCUGCAGAAAAGGUUGAAGGAUAUAGAACCGAUUAUCAGUGCCAGCUGCGUGCAAUGUGCAUAUCUCGCCACAAUUGGCUGGACGGACAACACGGUGAAUAGUGUCCCCAGGAUGUCUCGCGAGUGCAUUGAUCAAUGCUUUGCAUGCAGUGACUCCUGGGCCAACUGCCCUCCCGCCAAUCUCGACAGCACUGUCUUGCUUGAUCCCACCAACGCACCCAUGCCAAUCCAGAAUUAUAGUAUCCCCAAUGUUGGGUUCGGGAUGCCAGAGCUAUCAAGUGACAUAAUCUCUCCCUGGAAGGGCACAUGGCGUUCGUUUGGAGCUGAGCAGCACGGGUCUGGCAAGUUCGAAUUCGCUCAGACUUUUACGGAGGACACUCUGACAGUCACCACUGACAGCCCUUACCCCCAAACGUGUGCUUACGGACCUCGAUCCGACCGAGAAAUUGUCUUGAAGAAUUGUGGUACGAAUCAUCACUUGGAAGACUGCCUGAUCAAGCGACUGCCAGACAUUAGUGGCCUCGAGGUGGCCUUCUUCGCUUGUAACCACACUGGUCUCCCGGCACCUGUCGACUUUUACGCUGCAAUGGACACUCCCAACUGUGGCAACUUCCUCAUGUUUCGCUGCAAGUCGUCUUUGGCCCCGGGCUGUGUCUUCUCGCCCGACAUUAACCCUGCCGCCGCUUCACUGCAGCACUCACCAGUCAGCAAGGCGUCUAAGCCCAGCCCUCUGAGCCCAUAUCAACCGGGCAUUGCCGGUGUGCCUUCAGCACUGCUAGGCAUAUGGCGCUCGCUCCAAGUAUCCAACCACUAUCAAGAGGGCCUGGCUCGAUGGAACUUCACUGCCGACGGCCAGGCAUCACUAGAAUGGCCAAAUUACCCAAGUCGCGGAGUGCAGCGUUACGCAGUCACCCAUUCAGACGAUGGUCACAAUACAAUAUUCCUCGCCAGCACCAGUGGCAGCAUCACCACCUGCCACUUCCAGUUCCAAUAUCAUCCGGUCUAUUCCUACGCUACUCUUCGUUGCGGUGCUCCGAAUCGACUGGCGCCAGAUGACGUAGAAGAAAGCUUCCUCCCGCCGCACACGCAAUGGGCCAUGGGCCGUUGCAACCCAUGCAGCUUACAUUGUUCUUAUUCCUGUGGCCCUGAGAACGAUUACUGCGGAGCUGGAUCCUGCGACCCGGCCAAGUCGGUGCCAUCCAUGCGGUCCCCACAGCCACGCGAUGUAACAGAUCUGCUCCAGAUACGCCACGAUUGGUGCACGCCUGAUGACUCGAGUUGCUGGCCCACCAAGACAGCCAUCCAAGAGCUGGAGCAAGAGUUAGACCCCAAUGAACCACGGCUCGGUCUCAAGUGGGCUAGUUACCCGCAGCCGCAGCCGGCACCAGUGCCGACCGGCUCCUUCAACAACCAAUCCUUUUAUGGCCUGGGAAAUACGGCUACGGGGUUUAAGGCCCUGUAUUAUUAUGAGGAUGUGAAUGAGAUGAGGCGCUCAUGCUUCAAGGCAUCCAGCAACUCCACAGAAUGGAACAAUGUGUCCGACAUGUGCAAGGCGGCUCUCCACCAGAAUGAGUACCGAGAUUGGAAUCCAUUCAUUGUGGUGUUCCCUCUCAACGAGCGACACGUUGCCAGAGCCUUGAACUUCGCCGUCCGUCACCGGUUAUGCAUCUCGACUUCCGGUUCAGGCCACGAGUACAACAGUCGUAACUCCUGCCCGACCGGCGGAAUCCUCAUCCGGACCAUUUUGCUCAAAGACAAAUCUUUCAUCUCUAAGUGGGAGGAGGACCCAGUCCUUGCUCCGAGCGGUGCAUUCAAGUUUGGCGCAGGCGCAGUCUUCGCCGAGAUGCACGCCUUCUCUAAGCAGUAUAACCGCGUCAUUGCGUCGGGCUGGUGCUCCACGGUUGGCAUGGUCGGUUUCCAUCUCGGGGGCGGCCAUGGCCCCUUUGGCCCCUCCAUGGGACUCGGUGUGGACAAUGUGCUGGAGAUUGAAGUCAUGCAAGUCGGUCAGGACGCGCACGGUCAACCGGUAGUCCACAAGAAGGUGGCCAGCCGACGGCACAACCCGCAGCUCUUCUGGGCCAUGCGCGGCGGCGGUGGAGGCGUGUGGGGUGUGAUUCUCUCCAUGACGAUCCGAGCACACGCUGUCCCUGAUGGUGGUCUCAGCCACGUCUUGAUGAUCCAAAACGGCACCUUCUGUCCCGAUUCAAGUCCGUUUGGCUAUGAGUGGCUGAGGGCCAUGUGGAAUCGAUUCUCUGCUUGGACGCUCCUGUUGAAUUCCAAGGUCAGCACGCAGGCAGCAUUCUUCAUCGAUACUUCCAAUUAUAAGACCGGCGGUCUUUGCGCAGUCACAUGGAAAUUCAAUUUCGAAUAUUUCUACGCAGGGGGUGAAAAGGAGCCGAAUUACCGUCUAUUCCGCGACCGACUCAAGUCAGUGCUGGAGGUGACGGCCAUAGAGGAGCGUAACUUCAAGUCGGCCUAUGACUACGUGCUCAGCAUGCCGGCCGACAAAUUUCUGCUCGCCGUCGGUAACCCUCUCCCUGCUCCACACCCGCCUUCUGACAAUGCUACCGGCUCCCAAAAUUCGGUUUUUGUGUCACGACAAGCCAUGGAAACGAAGUUCGCCCCCACGAUGAUGGAGGUGCUGGAUAUUUGCGUGGCAUCCUUGAAGAAUCCUGACACAACUUCGCCAGAUCCAACGGGUCAUCGCUGUGGCUUUCACUACCUCUACACUUCGUUGACAGGCAAUUUGGGGAGUCCACAGCCAGGCGAUACGGCCAUCUCACCUGGCUUUCGCUCAGCUGUGAUGUUAUGGAAUGCGCGUACGUUGACCACCCAACAGUCAAUGCACACUUUGUAUCGCAUUGGUCCGAACAGCUAUUUCUCUGAGAGCUCCUACGUCAUGCACAAUUGGACAUCUCGCUAUUGGGGCCAGGCAUUAUACCAACAGCUGCUGGCCAUCAAGAAAGCGCACGACCCGGGCAACCAUUUGUGGUGCCAUCACUGCGUCGGAGACAAUCCAGAUGAUGCUUACGGAGAUCCACUCAGUGAUGUAGCUGGUUUGGUCUAG